AUGGCUAACCAGUCGAAUAGGACAUGCUGGCAAGAUGGCUCGCUCGAGAUGACACGCGGCCAAUUUCAAGACGAGAUGAAGCGCCAAGACCGAGAGCUUGGCGCUCUAUUCGUGGAGAGGGCUCAUAUGCGUACGUCGAGAUUUGAGCUUGCAGCCAGGGAGGUUGAUGCGGAGAUGUGGAACAAACUUUCACGGAUCCAGGAGCCUUCGUGGGCCACAGUGACGAUGAAGAACCCCCGCGACUCUGGCAAGCAAGAACGCUGGCGGAAAGACGUCAUCAAGACCUACGGCGCGAAAAAUGACAAGGAAAAGAUAUGGUGUCCAAUAUCCCGACAAUAUCUAUCCUCAUGGAUGACUACUGCUGCUCACAUUGUUAGAUACAAUGUGGGUGAGCCAGCAGCAGUCCAUCUGUUUGGGCCUAGCGAUAAUUCGGACGGACAUAUCUGGAGUGUCAGGAAUGGAAUUCCUCUGUGUAAAGAGUAUGAACAAAUGCUCGAUGACGCGAGGAUAGCCAUUGUGCCUACCACAGACGGCAGUGGUCUUAUGGUGGUGAUUUUAGAUGAGGCCGAACGUGAAGAGGAGUGGGAUCCUACAGACCAUUUUCCCACCGGGAAGGCCCUUCACGGACGGACUCUCGAAUUCCUAACCGAUCACCGCCCAUCAAUGAGGUAUCUUUACUUCGCAUUUGUGAUCAACAUUUUGCGACGACAGAGGUUCGAAGUUGAUGGGUGGUGGAAAGACCGCCUCGAGUAUGCCGAUAUCCCUUUUUUCCCCACCCCCGGGGAAUGGAUUCGCGAGACUACGCUACGCAAACUUGCAGUCAGGAUAGGACAUCUUCCUAUCGAUGACGCCGGCAAGUUUGCGACUACCACCUGCAGGGGUAGCCAGUUAGAGCAUCCAUCUUUAGUGGGGGCGAGCGAGGGCAAGGGCAAGGGCAAGGAGACCGACAUCGCGACGGAUGAGGUGGAGGACGAUGCGUUCAGUGACUUGUUGGCACACUCAUUGAACAUGGAUACGAUGAAAGCCCCAGAGCCGGACGACUAAUACCGGCAGUAAGGCAUAAGGUAGUGCCACAUAUACCCGGUAACUAGCCGGUAUCUAUCUGACACUGACCGUGAAUCUUCUCCUUUAUCCUUCUUCCCUUUGAAGUCGGCCGACUAUGGGUUGAGAUGGUG